AAACUCUUAACAGCUUAUCUUUCCAAGUUGCUCUGUAAAGUUGUUAUCUGGCCAGAACUUUUUCUUCCACGUUUUCUGCGGCCCCUGCAUGGUGUGGGGUGAAAUGAAAACGAGUUCAUGCAGCUUUCGCUGUGAAACUCGUCUACAAAGGUCAGAUUUGUGGAGUGCGGGACUAAUCAUGAGUAGAGCUUUAAGAAAUGCCAGUGACCUCUGAUUAAUGCUCUCCUAGGUCAGUUUAUAUGGACUUUUGUGUCUUUGUGGGCUUAGUAGAACAUUUUCACUUCAUCGACUGAACAAUUAAUAUGUAACAUAACUCCGUGUCUGCUUGGUCUUCAUGUUGAUGUUUGAUCUCUACUGUUCCUGAGCAAACCCUUGAGGUCAGGAGCUUUAUAUUGACAUUAAAUUACACACACGUUAUUUGUAAAAAUGAAUUUCAUUAAGGGAUAUUAAAGUACCCCACACAGAUUUUUAUUUGUAGAAAGUUUUAAAAUGCUGCUUAUUUUUUUCUUUCACUUCACAUUAACACACUACUUUGUGUUGCAGCCCUGACAAAAUACCCAGAGUCUUCUGGAAGUUACUUGACAAAAUGCGAAAAAGUUGAAUAGCUGUUGAUGCUUUUAUGGUAAAUCUCUCAAGUUUUGAUAACAAAACGGACUUUUGAAAUUAUACAGAGUGGAUCUAUGGUGUUACUGAGAAGAUGGAGGAGUUAGGACCCAGGGACGGCUGGUGGGGAGACAGUGGCGUGUGUGUCUGAUGGCAAAAGAGGAAAAAAAAACUUCAGCAUGCACCAUUACACAAAACAAUGUGUGACAGUCACUGCCGUACACAGCACAGGACAGGACAGAGGAGGGGCGAGGAAAGAGGAGAAUAAUUUACCACCAAGCCCGUCAUGGGAUUUUAUUUUUAUAUUUUUCUUUGUGAUAUAAAUUGUAAUGCAGUUCCAGUGCCUGUCUAUGGAAAAGCCAAACUUUAGAAAGUUUUACAUUUUUUUAAAGAAAGAUGGAUAUAUGAUUUAUAUACUUUUGAUUAAGAAAUGAGAUAAAGCAUCUAUUUUGUUUACUUUUGUAAAAAAAAAAAAAAAAGAAAAGAAAUCCUUGAACUCAAAGCAACAGGUUUAAACAACAAACUGAGAGUGAACCAGGGAUAUUUCACCCAUGAGAAAAUCAGAGCUGAAAAUGGAGGAGGAAGUCAAUAAAUGAUGGCGGACAUGACGGGGUCCAUGAUCUCCUCUGUUACAGAUCCUUCUGUCACCAACUCCACCGAUCCCACCGUCCCCGCCGAAGUCGGCGUCGUCACAAGCUCCCAGUCACAGAUCAAGGAUCUUUUCGGGUUGUUCUGCAUGGUGACGCUUAACCUCAUCGCCCUGCUGGCCAACACCGGUGUGAUGGUGGCCAUAGCUCGCGCUCCUCACCUGAAAAAGUUUGCGUUUGUGUGUCACCUGUGCGCAGUGGACCUGCUGUGCGCCAUCCUCCUGAUGCCUCUGGGAAUCAUUUCCAGCUCUCCGUUCUUCGGCACGGUGGUGUUCACCGUUCUGGAGUGCCAGGUUUACAUCUUCCUCAAUGUUUUCCUCAUUUGCCUCUCCAUCCUCACCAUCACCGCCAUCAGCUUGGAACGCUACUUCUACAUUGUGCACCCGAUGCGUUACGAAGUCAAGAUGACCAUCAACCUUGCGAUUGGUGUGAUGGUGCUAAUCUGGGUUAAAUCGCUCGUCUUAGCUCUGGUCACGCUGUUCGGAUGGCCGGCUUACGGUCCUCAGAGCUCCAUUGCAGCAGCUCACUGCUCUCUUCAUGCUACCCACAGCCGCCUGAGGAGAGUAUUCGGAGUGCUCUUCAGUGUGAUUUGUUUCUUAGCUCCUGUAGUGGUCAUCUUUAGUGUUUACUGUGCUGUGUAUAAGGUUGCUCGCUCAGCAGCUCUGCAGCAAGUCCCAGCUGUGCCAACAUGGGUGAAUGAGUGCCCUGCGAAGGACCGCUCUGACUCCAUCAACAGCCAAACAACCAUGAUCGCCACCACCCGCACUCUGCCUCAACGACUGUCUCCAGAAAGAGCCUUCAGCGGAGGAAAAGCUGCGAUUACUUUGGUGUUCAUCGUGGGCCAGUUCUUGGUUUGCUGGUUGCCCUACUUCAUUUUCCACGUCCAAAUGUCUCUAACCGGUUCCAUGCAGAGCCCGGGGGACUUGGAGGAGGCCGUAACUUGGCUUGCCUACUCUUCUUUCGCAGUGAACCCGUUCUUCUACGGCCUCUUAAACAGACAAAUCAGGGACGAGUUGGUGAAGUUUCGACGUUGCUGCUUGAACCAGCCCACAGAGGUCGGAGCGUCCAGCCAGGAGGCCUCGUUUCAGGAAAACUUCCUUCAGUUCAUUCAGAGGACCACCAGCACGCCCGAAAGGCGCUCCAGCUGCUCUAACUCCAGUCCCACAUUAAACCAGGUGAACAUUAUUCCAGGACAAAUACCAGAGGAGCAUGCAUAGACUACCUGUACACUCAUUAUAUAAAUGUUUAUUUAUCCUGUUAUUUAAUAGAAUAGAAAAAGCCUUCAUUGUCCCACAGCAACAGCAGCAUUUGGAUAUUUAGGUUCACACAAAACAACAAAAGGUGAUAAUAGGCUGUUUAUUUCUUACAUUACUUUGUUGUAUUAGAUGUUCUUAUAUUUAUGCUCUUUACUAACUUGAUUAUUUCUAUUGUUUACUUUUUUUGUAAAAAAAAAAAACAAAAAACAACAAAAAUAAAGAUGGCUAUGGUAACACCAAAAUAUAUGCAGUUUCAGUCAAAGGUUUACAUGUACUCAUCAUGGUCGAGUCUUUUUCUUUUUGGUUGUUUCCUACAGUUUUCUUUUUUCAGCGUCGAAAUAUACAAACAGUUUCUAUGAUUUACUUCAAUAAGUUCUGACAGAGGGAAGUUGCACCUUUUUUUAGCUAUCAACAAACUUCUUGUGUAAUUUUGAUGGUACAGAUUUAUUUUAAACUGGUUAUCACACGCUUGUCUUUUAAUCAUGAGCUACAUAAACCCUCACCUUGACUUCUCCAAGCAUUGUGGUCACUGUGGCGAAACAGGGGAAGUUAAGGCUCCUGUGACGGUGAAAGGUUUUCACACAAAGCAUUUGACUUCCCGUGUGGACAGCUGCAGACUUCAGUCAUUUCCUCUUUGUUUAUCACUCUAUUGGUCAGUGGUAAUUUAAAACUGCUUUUGCUGUGGAUUUUGACACUGAAGUCCCAGAAGCCUCCAUUUUAUGACGACUAGAGUUCUGGUUUGCUUUACAACAAUCCCUUUCUUUGAACUAAGGGUGGUACUUUGGAUCAGAUUAUUGAAACGGGAGCACAUUUGUGUGUCCUGACAAGACAAAGGCCCAAAACAAACAUCAAAACAUUGGAAUGGAUAAAGCAAGGCUAACAUUAAUCAGCUGAAAUUAACCCAAGCUAAACCUUGUUUAACCUUGCUUUGUAAAAUGUCUCUUUGCCAGAAAACCCAUUAAUCUAAAUUAACCAAAAAGAGGGAACAAAAACCCAGCCAGAAAAAUACCUCAAGCUUGUUAAUGGCUACAAAAAAGUGUGUCUUUGCAGCCACUAGCAAAGGAAAUUUUUACCAAAUAUUAUAUUUUUAUAUAUAUUUGUGCCUGUUCAUCUUAUUUUCACCCUGUCCAAAUUGGUGGAAAAUCCACUGUUAAUUUCAAGCUAUAUUUUCAAUUCUGAUUUUGUAAAAAUCUCUGAAAUAUUUUAAGCAUUUCAGAUUGUAAAAAAAAAAACAAAAAAAAAAACAACUUGUUUAAAUGGUUAAAAGCACAAACCUGUCAAGGCAUUAAUGACCAAGAUGAAUGUGUGUAAACUUUUGUCUAAAACUGUUUACUGCAACUUUCCCUUUUUGAUAUCUGACAUACAUUUCAAAACUGGUCUUAUUUUAAUUGAGAUUAUAGAAAAGCUUUGGUAAAGAUGUACAUUUUGGAAUUAACUGCAAUAAAUAAAAACAUUGUCUGAUGGGUAAUUUAGUUUCAAAAAUGCAUGAUUGUGUCCCAUCUGACUUAACAUUGCCACCAUAAUGACACUAUUGAAUUUCUUGUAUCGUCGGUAAUAUUUAUACAAAAGAAACAAUAUUCAAGUAGUAGAUGGGGUUUGAAAAGUCUUGAUUAUAUCCUCCUUGUUGUAUAUUUCAUAAUUAUUCUUAUUCCUGUUUAGGGAGAGAAGGUAGGGAUAACACCUCAGACUUCCUACUUAAAACAAAUAUUAGGUUUCGAUGUCUCCUCUUUCUGUUGCCAUAUAAAAUAAAAUGGACUCACAUAGCAACAAAAUGACCCCUUGGAUAACCUUUUGAUCCAAGUUUGCUCAAAUACAGACCGAGUCCGAUAAAACUCAUUUACAUGUGAGCAAAGAUGGCUCACAUGUCCCGUGAAUAUGGACCAAUGUAAUUUGGACAUGGAUAUGGGAAGGAAGAGAUAGGAAACCUGCAGUGAAAAUCAUUACUGGUGCAUUGAUAAUGCACCAAAGAGAGGUAACAAAGUGCUAUUUUAUGGCCUUCGCUGUUUGUAUUAGCCCUCGUUCGAGACAGAAUAGGGUGGUUACAGCAAAUAUAAGCAAACAUCAUUCUGCAGCACGAGUGUUACUUAGGAAUACGCACCCUUACAUAACUGUAGGUGUGAUUAAAACAUUAGGUUUUCAACCAAACACAUAUUUUUCAGUAAUUUUUUUUAUUUAAAAUAAUAUUCACAGGGUAAUGAUUCACUCAAUCUGUGUGCACUCUAAUGCAGAGCUCAAACAUUAACAUCAGUGAAAGUUUGUGUGAAUUCUUCUGUCUUCUCCACCCACAUGUUCACAGACUAUUAGAAUUUCCAUCCAUCCAUCCAUUUUCUUGACACCCUUGUCCCUCAGUGGG